GGUCCGCCUCAGCACCGCAAUGGUCCGCCGGGUCAGAGUUUUUCUCCUGGCCCUACUUCUGGACCGUCUGGACCGCCUCAAGGACCUCCUGGACAGCACAGGGGAUCAACUGGCUCUCCAGCGACGCCCUUUGCACAGAACGGCCCGAGAGGGCCACCUGGACCAUCUGGACCGCCCGGACAACAGGGACAGGGACCUGGGCACCCUUCGAUGGGGCCUAUGAGUGCACCGAAUGCGCCUGGUCAGGGCACACCCGUAAGGGGUCCCAACGGCCAAGUUCUGGGGCCAAUGGGUGCCAGACCCAAUGGUCCGCCCGGAGCGGUAGGUCUUCUUCUGGUUUCGGUGUAG